GGCAGACCAAGUUUUCAUGCAUAAAGUACAACCAUACAGUACAGCGCUCGAAUAUCAGAGAUGCAUGACACUCGAUGCAGAAUCGACCUCCGUCACAAAGAUACCCAGGUCUAAGACAUAUGGGAUUACAUGGCAAGAGCAUUAAGACGAGAAGAAGUCAGUCAUCACAUGAUAGUAUUCAUGCAAGGCGGAUAGGAGUAGCGCCUCGAAAAGGCUUAAACGAUAGAGUAAGAACAAAUAGGAAGGCGUAUACUGGCCCUAUUAGAAGUAUAUGAACGCUCAAAUCAAAACAGAAUGCAAAGGGCGCUGUAACGAUCG